AUGUCGCCGCAUACAUCGCCUGUGCGAGAUGUCCACUCGGCGCAAAUACCGCCGGGUAAGGUUGCGAGACACCGUGGAUUUCACAAGGGCAUUUGGGAUGUUACUCUCCAUCUUAAAGAAACCACGACUGGGCUCAAAAAAGCCAUUGAACGGCUGGGUUUUGAGUCGGUGGAAAAGCAGGAGAAGAUUUUAAAUAUGCUACAGGCUCCCGCUAUCAUGUAUGACGACGACCCACGAUCUCCGUUUCUCGCCCAAGCGCUGGCAGCCCUCUUAGUCUCGGUCUCACCUAUGCUUGAUUCGCUUAGCUUCUGCCCCGUUGGAUAUGAGGCACCCAAGCUCUUGAGAUUGGAAGCAGAAGCGGACGGCGAACCGCUUCCCAUGUCCGAUUAUGUAUUCAAGCAUUUCCUGGAACUGGCCAGCAUGCGUGGGAAGGACAUGCCGUUCUUACAGAACCUCAGAGCUGUUAGGUUCCUAGUCGAUCCGAAUACCGAUGUGUAUCAUUCGACAUAUUAUCAACCCUAUGGCCUAUUCAUAAGUCUUAAUCUAGUGCGACGUCUGCCGGCAGUGGAAUCUAUCCGCAUGGAUGCUAUUGCGGACGCCAAUCUUCCUAGUGUUGAGCCACCACCACGGUCAGGAAAUUAUACCUGUAUCACAAUACAGCACUCCAGCCUUAGUUACCCAUACCUGGUAUAUAUAAUCGAAUCAGCCAAGCGCUUGGAAAAGUUCACAUAUGGGAUCGGUGGCCACUCCUCAUGGAAUGGUAUGCUGACGCCCUUCCAUCCAGAGCAUGUCUUUCGGGCGCUUUUUGUUCAUCGAGCCUCUCUGCGCCAGCUGGAUCUUGAUGUAGAGGAGGAAACUCGUAUACUGGACCUUGAUAGCGAUAAUCUGAGGUAUCUCCAGUAUACCCCAGAAGAAGAAGAGCACGAAUCUCCCCGGGACGAUCCAGUUUACCUACAUGAGUGGGCUGAUGAACUUGAGAAGCUUCCUGCGGAGGACGAAUCGACUGCAGAUGAUUGCUCUCUUCGAAAUUUCUUGCAACUGGAGGACCUCAGUCUAGGAGUUCAUAUUCUUUAUCUUUAUGCGCGUGGAUACGGUGGUGACCAGGUCGAUAAUGGAUCGUUUUCCCUUGUCGAUCACCUGCCGCCCAACCUCGUGUCACUCCGCAUAUAUGGCUAUAAGAAGGGAAUGAAGCCGCGGUUGAAAGGUGUUUCGCAGAACUCGCUUGAGGAACAGCUUGCCAAGCUGAUGGCGGAGAAAGAUGAAAAACUCCCCCGACUUGCCGUUGUUGAGGGUAUCGAAGAGCCGAUCCCGAAUGGCGAGACGAUAGAGGGGCCCAUGAAUAAAGAUAAGCUUUGGAAGGGGGAUGCAGACGAGGAUUGGACGGUGUACGAGUAUGCAUAA